GCUUUGCGUGUGUCUGGGGCGGGACAUCCGCGAAGAGGGGCAGACACUCAUGGCGGGCCCGGUGAAGGACCGAGAGGCCUUCCAGAGACUCAGCUUCCUAUACCAGGCAGCGCACUGCGUCCUCUCGCAGAACCCGGAGAACCAGGCGCUGGCGAGGUUUUACUGCCACACGGAGAAGACGAUCGCGAAGCGGCUGGUCCUGCGGCAGGACCCCUCGGUGAAGAGGACGCUCUGCCGCGGCUGCUCCUCUCUCCUCAUCCCGGGUCUCACCUGCAUCCAGCGCCAGAGACGCAGAAAGGGACAGCGCUGGACAGUGCAGACCUGCCUAACAUGCCAGCGCAGCCAGCGGUUCCUCAAUGACCCCAAGCAUCUGCUCUGGGGUGACCGGCCUGAAGCCCAACUGGAAAAUCAGGCAGAUCUCAAACCAUCAGAGCCCCUGCCAAACAUAGCCCACCUCCCUAAGGAGAACGCGCAGCCUCAGGCUUCAAACACCAGUGAUGAAUUCACUCCAUUUUCCUAUCAGAUAAAUAAAAGCUGAAUUUUGUUUGA